AUGUUGAAUACGUCCGGAUGUGCUAUGAAGUAAGACUAACCAAACAACCGACCCAGUUCAGACGAAGGAUCCGAAGUAAGAUGAUAAUUCUAAGAUUGACGAGUUUCUCAUUUCUCUGAAUAUAUAGAUAUGUAACGAAAGUGCAGAAUCCGAAAAGGGAUAGAUUUCGUUUUAUGCAUGAGAUCGGAGGGGUCUUUCAGGGAUUUUUUAGCUCGUCUCCUCAAAACCUCUGUUACCUGAUUAGAAGCAUCAGCGGUGAAUUACUAUACAUUUUCUACAAACGAGUGGAUUUUAACAAGUUCUGCAGAACAAGAUUUGCCUGUCGGAUUUUUCUGACAAAGAAAAGGCCACUCGACAACAGUGCUACGAAAAAUCUCGACUGGCCUUAUGCUAUCAGCAACUGUAGUUGAGAAAUAACUAACUAAAAACUGGUCACGUAAGACACAACAUAGCCUGAAAGUAUCAUCUGAGGUUCGUUUAAACUUUUGCCAACACUACUGGUGCCAUGCGUCUAGUUCAGAGUAUUUUACAAGGGACUUCUGCAGCCACAAGUUUAGGUUUACGCCUCACGUACUCAUUAUUAUUUUUAAUUGCACUGAAGGGGACGUUGCAAGAACUGAGACUGAACAGCAAUCCCUACCUGGCAGAAGUUUACUGUCAAGAAAUUUUUGAGGAUAUCGGCAGUGGAGGCUUCAAUAAUUAUCAUGAAGACAUAGAGCCGAGGCCUGUGUCUGAAGAUGACGAAGGUUAUAUACCAAUAUCAAGUGGGGAAAGUGAUUUGGAUAAGGAGGAAGGGACGAAACACCACAGGGGUCCACCUCCAUUACCUUCACCACCACCACCACCAUUAUCAGGUUUUGAAGGAGGAUAUAGUAUUUUAGAACCAUCCUAUGGUCCUGUGUCUGCAAUACCCGGACCUAAAGGAGAGAAAGGUGAACCUGGUGAUGAAGGACAACCUGGAAUCAAGGGUGAACAAGGCACCAUACCAGAGGACUUUUAUUCUAAGUAUGCUUUGCCAGGCCAAAAAGGAGAAAGGGGCAUACCUGGGCCUGUAGGACCCAAGGGUGAGAAGGGAGAUUCAGUUAUUGGCCCUGUUGGGCCACCAGGACCACCUGGAUUACCUGCUCCAAUUCCACCCACUGAUUCUUGGUUUGAUAUUGAACCCAAAGAAGGACCUCCUGGACUUCAAGGCCCUCCUGGACCACCAGGUGAAUGUGUCUGUGAUACUUCUUUAUUUAACAUCACUGGCCCUCCUGGUAAAGAUGGUUUUCCAGGUCCACCAGGACAAGAUGGUAAGGCUGGUGAGCCUGGGUUAAGAGGAUUACCUGGCAUACCAGGGGAGCAGGGAAUACAAGGGGCUGUUGGUAUGAAGGGUGAUAAGGGUGACCAGGGAUUUUCUGGUCCACAAGGUCCACCAGGACAGAAAGGUGAACCUGGACUUAAUGGUACCCCAGGAACUCCAGGACCACGUGGACUGCCAGGUCCACCUGGACCUCCAUCACAUGGUCGAGGAAGUAUAUUUGGUUUAGAUGGAUCUGGAUAUUCUUCUGGAUGGUUUGGAUCAGGUGAGGAACCUCUUGGACCUUUUAGUGGUCAACCUGGACCUCGUGGACCCUCAGGUCUUCCAGGGGUCCCAGGAUCACCUGGCAUAAAGGGAGAAAGAGGUUUUCAUGGUGAAAAGGGAGAUCAAGGACUUAAAGGAGAUGUAGGUCCAGUUGGGCCUAAGGGACUAAAAGGAGAACAAGGUUUACCAGGACUUGAUGGACUACCAGGAUUAAUAGGUGAUCGUGGGCCUCAUGGAAUAAAAGGAGGAAAGGGUGAUAUUGGACCUCCUGGACCUCCCUCACCUUCAGUAGAAGGAAAAGAAAUAGUACCAGUAGCUGGUCCACCUGGUCCUAAAGGAGAGAAAGGAGACCAAGGACUUAAAGGAGCUGAAGGUCCACCUGGACUUCCUGGACUCUAUGGAUUAAAGGGAGAACCAGGAAACAGAGGAUUACCUGGGGAACUUGGACCAGUUGGACCACCUGGUAAAAUUGGGCCACCUGGACUUCCUGGACCUCCUGGUGUCACUGAAGUUGUUACUGUGGAUGGAGUGGCUAAAGUUAUUGGAGAGAAAGGUGAUGUUGGUUUGCGUGGAAGACGGGGAAGACGAGGUCCUCCAGGUCCCCCUGGCCCUCCUGGCUCAAUUGGUCCAAUUGGAGAAAUAGGAUUCCCUGGAUUUCCAGGUAAACCUGGACCACCUGGAGUGCCAGGCCAGAAAGGAAGCACAGGUAUAGGCUUGAAAGGGCAGAAAGGAGAAAGAGGAGAGCCAGGACAACUAUCAUUUGAAGAAGGAGAAGUAGAAGGGUUGAAAUUCCUUAAAGUUCCAGGUCCCAAAGGAGAGAAAGGCAGUCAAGGGGACCCAGGAGUUCGUGGACCACUUGGUCCUGAAGGUCCAGUUGGAGCUCUUGGACCACGAGGUUUUAGUGGAAUACCAGGAAAAUCUGGGUCAAAGGGUGAAAAAGGAGAACCAGGACCUCCAGGAUUACCUUCAACCGGUGAAGUGGAAUUUAUACCAGUUCCAGGGCCACCAGGACCUCCUGGUCCACCAGGUAUACCAGGAGAGACCGUAGAGGGCCUUCCAGGACCAUCUGGUGUUGGUUUGCCCGGACCACCAGGUCCACCUGGGCCACCUGGACUACCAGGAUCUGAAUUCUUUCGAACAUCCAACUCUAUCAAUGAUCAAAGUGUACAAUAUAUACCUGGUCCUCCUGGCCCACCUGGGCCCCCAGGACCACCUGGAGAUGAAGGAAAGGAAAAGAAAGACCAUUUGGCUGUUGUUCCAGGGGCUGUUACUUUCAAGAACAUGGAAUCUCUGCUUCGAAUGUCAGAUAUCAGUCCCAUUGGAACACUUGGAUUUGUUCUUGAUGAAGAAGCUUUAUUAGUUCGUGUUAGCAGAGGUUGGCAGUAUGUGGGAUUGGGUUCUUUGGUUCCACUACCCCUGGCAACAACUACUACCAGUACCACCACAGCACCUCUCAGUCCACCAGUUGACAGCUUGACACUUGAGAAAGCUCCUAGGUUAAGGAUAGCAGCACUGAAUCAGCCUUAUACUGGAGAUAUGCAUGGUGUCCGAGGAGCUGAUUAUGAGUGCUAUCGACAAUCUAGAAAGGCUAACUUACGGGGAACUUUCCGAGCUUUUCUUGCCUCUAGAGUUCAAAAUGUGAAUAGCCUCGUCCAUUACAUGGCUCGAGAUCUUCCAAUAGUAAAUAUAAAGGGUGAAGUGUUAUUUAACUCUUGGAGAGAUAUCUUUACUGGAGCUGGAGCAGUUUUCCCAUAUCCUCCACGGAUUUAUUCUUUUGAUGGAAGAAAUGUCCUUGCAGACAAUACAUGGACCCAAAAAAUAGUUUGGCAUGGCUCAGAUAAACAUGGAAUUCGUGACAUGGAAGGCUUCUGUGAUGCCUGGAAUUCCAACAGCCUCAAAAAAGUGGGUGUUGCCAGUUCUCUACUGCGGCACAGAUUACUGGAUCAAGAGAAGUACUCCUGCAACAAUGCUUUCAUUGUUCUAUGUAUGGAGGCCAUGAGUCAGCAAGAGCUCCAACACAGAAAGAAGCGAGAGACAGGCAGAGAUUUCACGGAAGAAGAGUAUAGUGAACUGAUAAACACACUAGAGCAAGAGAACCUAUUGGAAGAUAUAGAACAGUAAGCUUCACAGGAGGCUCUCUGAGAAUGUUAGUUGCCAUGGUUAUAUCCAGAACAAACGUGGCAGCUAGUACACUGAAUAAAGGAAACAACUUAGAGAGAGUAGAAUCAUAAGUGGGAGUUUUUCUCAUCCCUGUUUUUUGAAUAACAAAAGCCAAAUAUUCCUAAGCUUUCCAAAGGUGUUAUUAUUGUCAUUGUUUUAGUAAGUUCAAACAACAAUUUUUUCAGUAUGUUAAUGUUUAUAUUAUAACUUGACUCAAUUGUUUAACUAUUUUUUAUUUUUUUAUCAACAGUGUAGUUCACCGUAAACAUUCCUUUCAAAGUAGAGUUUAGUGUAAGAAACAAUCUGAAAUUGUGCUAUACUUUAAACUUAAUGUCCAUCAAAAGUCACAAUACUCAUAAUGGACUAUGUAAAAGUUUUAUGGCAUUUAUUAGGCUACAAGAGCUUUCUUGCUUUACCAGAAAAAGAAGUUGGUUUGUUAAAAGAUAAGAAGCAGGGAAUUAGAAAAACUUACCACUCACGUUACACCAGCCUCUGUCCAUGAACUUUUGGUGAAGCUACCUUGUGCUUGUUGCUGUGCCAAAUUUUUCAAAUCUUUACAGUUUAAUUACUUAUAAUAAAAUGUUUCAACUUAUUUUAGAUUUACUAAGUUUUGCUUGUGUUAAUUGACAUUCAAAUUCUUGAACCCCUCUAUGUUAUGUUUAUUUGGUUGUUUAUACCUUUUUUGUAACUGUGAUAAACUUGUCUAUUGUAUAAAGGGUCAGAUUUCUUCUAAAUCAUUUCAGGUUGAACCCACCAGAACAGUUGAAGAAUCGAUAGGAUAUGCGAAGUACUGUGUAAACUGUUUAUUCAUUCUGUAGAUUGAUACCCACACCUUGAAGGUUAUUAAAUCAUAUUAAUUUGCAUUUAAACUGUUCAAAUCAUAAUUGUACUCCAUCGGUUUAUAAUUUCUUCAGUUAUUGAGUUAAAACAGCACUCUUUUCAAAACAGUCCUUAAUUCUUUUGCCAAAAAUGCAAUUCCAUUUGUUAGUUUUUAUUUUGAACCAAUAAGUCUUCUUCCAAUUGUUUUCAGUAUCUACAGUUACUUACAAUAGAUACUGAUUCAUCUGUUUAGUGUUCAGUUUUUUAAGUUAGUGUGUGUUAAAAUAAUAUUCUUCUGCUCAGUUUUUGACUACUUUCAUUCUUAUAUUGAAGGAAUAGUCCUGUCUCUAUCCUUGUUCCCUUAGCAUCCGAUUUAAUUCUUUUGUUAAAGCAAACAGCUCAUUUCAACUUCUAAGUCAUCUUAGUAUUGAUUUCUUCACAUAAUUUUUAUGCUGAAACAAGAGUUUGAUUUCAGUUUCUGAUUUUCUUAGGAAUUCUGAUGUUAAAAUAGUUCUCUAUCAAUAUUUGAUCCUUCUUCUUAAUGUCUGAUUUCUUUAGUUACUUUUCUUUUUAACUUGUUCAGCUUGGGGUGAGUUUUUAAAUUAAUUUUUAUGUUGAAACUUUUAUUUCUUUUCCAAUAUGUAAUACUUGUACUGAAGCAGUGCUUUACUCUUUGGAUCAUUGAAAAAUGAUAUUGUCCAAAUAUUUCUAAAUUUUGUGUUUUCGAUGGUUACUAUUAAUUAAAAAUGACAUCAUCCUGUCAGUACUUUAUAGCAAUUAUACUAAACCAGUGUGUCAUAAUUAAAUUAUAAUUGUAGAAUGAUAAUCUGUUAACAAUUUUUUUCUCUCAUGUCUAAAACAAGAAUUGGUGUCCUACUGACUAGUGCAUGAUUGAUAUUGUUCUUUAAAAAAAAGCAAUAAUUUUGUGAAUUAGUACAGAAUCUAUGCAAAUAUAUAAUUGUUUUAAAACACUAACCUAUUGAAUAAUGAACAUUCUGUAGAUUGGAUUUUAAAAAACAACUAAGUAAUUCAUGAUCUAUGCAUUUGUUGACUAGUUACAAUUAAAAUGUGUAGCUUUGUGUAAUUGAUGUGGUACUUUAUUUCCAGAUGAUUUCUUUAUCUUUGUAUGUCACUAUGUUGUUUAUGUUCUUUUCAACUGUUAAUUCUGUGAGAAUUGUAUGUAUGUUACUUCCCUGCCUGACUGUAAUAACCAUUGUCAAUAUUUAUCAAAUAAGAAAUGAAAAGUGUGCAGAUUGCCAA